AUGGCGGACUCCGUUGAUCCGGCUCUGACCUCCUCCUCCUCCGCAGCGCCCACAGCAGCGCCCCAACCCACGACCGAAACCCCUCCUUCGCAGUCCCUUCCCAUCCGCGACUCCAAGAGCGCAAAGCCCAAGGAUGUCCCCGCACCUCCUGCUGUCGGCGGCGAUGGCGCCAGUGACAAGCCGCUCACCCCGGCGGAACUUAAGAAGAAGGCCAAGGCAGAGAAGGCUGCUCGACGCGCGAAGGAAAAGGCCGAUAGGGACGGCGGAGCUGGUGCUGCGGGCGGUUCAGUUCCCGGUGCUGGCGGCCAGUCUCGUCCUCCCCACACACCAAAGAAGGAUGCUGCAGGCGGAAGUGCUUCGCAGAAGGGAUCGAAGGGUGCGCCUCCGCGCCGUGGAUCAGGCCCUGUGACCCAGGCUAGUGCGGCUGCCGAGCCGAAGAAGAAGAAGGAAGACAAGAGUGUUGCUGUAUUCGGCCACCUUUACGGCCAGCAGCGAAGGACUACGGUGAAUGGUGCCGCAAAGGAGGUACACCCUGCCGUUCUUGCGCUUGGCUUACAGCUGCGAGACUAUGUGGUCUGUGGCAGCAGUGCGCGAUGCGUUGCGACUCUGCUCGCCUUCAAGCGGGUUAUCGAAUCCUAUACUACGCCGCUCGGUACAUCAUUGGCGCGCCAUUUGACGACCCAUCUCAGCCACCAAAUCAGCUACCUCUCGACAUGUCGACCGCUCGCCGUUAGCCAGGGUAAUGCGAUUCGGGCCCUGAAGCUGGCGAUUGCGGGUAUUGACCCAUCCACCCCGGAAGCAACCGCGAAGGCGACCUUGUGCGACUUUAUUGACAACUUUAUUCGCGAGAAAAUUACUGUGGCUGACCAGGUGAUUGCGGGAAGUGCGGUGGAAAAGAUUGAGAACGGCGACGUGAUUGUGACCUUCGCCGGCAGCAACAUUGUCAAGCAGACUCUUCUGCAAGCACACAAGGAAGGGAAGCGAUUCCGCGUAUCGAUCAUUGAUUCGCGCCCUCUGUUCGAAGGAAAGAGUCUUGCUCGAACUCUGGCCGACGCUGGUCUGGAUGUCCAGUACUCCCUUGUGCAUGCGAUUAGCCACGCCAUCAAGGAUGCCACCAAGGUCUUCCUCGGUGCCCAUGGAAUGACAAGCAAUGGCCGUCUCUAUUCUCGUGUUGGCACCGCUUUGGUCGCCAUGUCCGCCAAAGAGCGCGCUGGUGGCGUCGAGGUUCCUGUCAUCGUGUGCUGUGAGACCGUGAAAUUCUCCGACCGCGUUGCCCUCGACAGCAUCGUCGUAAACGAAAUCGCCGAUGCCGAUGAACUUGUCCCCGGCAACCCCCCACAGCAAGUAACCGGCCUGCCUGACCCGGGUGCGUUUACCACCCCUCCCGUGGAGCCCAAGAAGGGCGGCAAGGCUUCUUCUGCUCCCAUCCCCGAUCCGUCUGCAUCCGCUCGCGCUCCGUCUCCAUCGCCUCUUGCCAACUGGAAGGACACGCCCAACCUCCAGUUGUUGAAUAUCAUGUACGACGUGACACCGGCGGAGUAUGUGGAUAUGGUAAUUACAGAGAUGGGUAGCUUGCCGCCUAGCGCGGUGCCUAUUGUGCAUCGGAUGAGCACGAAUGUCUGA